UCCCCCGCCCCCGCGCUCCCCUGCCGGCCCGCCGCCCGCCGGCUGCCCCGGACCCUGGCGUCUGGCUUCUACCCGCCAGGUCCCCGCGUCACGGACUCGCGAUGGCCAAGCGCAGCUCUCUGUCCAUCCGCAUCGUGGAGGGGAAGAACCUGCCCGCCAAGGACAUCAAUGGCAGCAGCGACCCCUAUUGCAUCGUCAAGGUGGACAAUGAGCCCAUCAUCAGGACAGCCACUGUGUGGAAGACCCUGUGCCCCUUCUGGGGUGAGGAGUAUCAAGUGCACUUGCCGCCCACCUUCCACGCCGUGGCCUUCUACGUCCUGGACGAGGACGCACUCAGCCGGGACGACGUCAUCGGCAAGGUCUGCCUCACAAGGGACACCCUGGCCUCCCUCCCGAAGGGUUUCACCGGGUGGGCCCACCUGACCGAGGUCGACCCUGACGAGGAGGUGCAGGGCGAGAUCCAUCUGCGGCUGGAGGUGGUGCCCGGGACCCCGGCCCGUCGGCUGCGCUGCUCUGUGCUGGAGGCCAGGGACCUAGCCCCAAAGGACCGGAAUGGCGCAUCUGACCCUUUUGUCCGAGUGCACUACAACGGCCGGACACAGGAGACCUCGGUUGUGAAGAAAUCCUGCUACCCUAGAUGGAACGAGACAUUUGAAUUUGAGCUGGAGGAGGGGGCUGCGGAGGCUCUGUGCAUUGAGGCCUGGGACUGGGACCUCGUCAGCCGAAAUGACUUCCUGGGCAAGGUGGUGGUCAACAUGCAGAGGCUGUAUGCUGCCCAGCAAGAGGAAGGCUGGUUCCGGCUGCAGCCCGACCAGUCUAAGAGCCAGCGAGGCGGGAAGGAGCAGGUGGCCGGGUGUGUGUCCAGCCCAAAGCAUUUCCAAAGAACGGGCCCAGGGUCUCCUCUGACAGCUUCUGCCAGGGGCAGCCUGGGCUCCUUGCAGCUGGAGGUGCGGCUGCGGGACGAGGUGGUGCUGCCCUCGCGCUGCUACCAGCCCCUGGUGCAGCUGCUGUGCCGGGAGGUGAAGCUGGGCACCCAGGGCCCAGGACAGUUGAUCACCAUCAUCGAGGAGACAACGAGCACAGACCGUCGCCAGGAGGUGGCCACCAACCUGCUCAAGCUCUUCCUGGGGCAGGGGCUGGCCAAGGACUUUCUGGACCUGCUCUUCCAGCUGGAGCUGGGGCGAACCAGUGAGGCCAACACGCUGUUCCGAAGCAACUCUCUGGCCUCAAAGUCCAUGGAAUCUUUUCUGAAGGUGGCAGGGAUGCGGUAUCUGCACGGCGUCCUGGGCCCCAUCAUUGACAGAGUGUUUGAAGAGAAGAAGUACGUGGAGCUCGACCCCAGCAAAGUGGAAGUUAAGGAUGUAGGGUGCUCAGGGCUGCACCGCCCGCAGACGGAGGCCGAGGUGCUGGAGCAGAGCGCACAGACGCUGCGCGCCCACCUAGGGGCGCUGCUGAGCGCGCUCUGCCGCUCCGUUCGCGCCUGUCCAGCGGUGAUCCGCGCCACCUUCCGCCAGCUCUUCCGGCGCGUGCGCGAGCGCUUUCCCAGCGCCCAGUACGAGAACGUGCCGUUCAUCGCAGUCACCAGCUUCCUGUGCCUGCGCUUCUUCUCUCCUGCCAUCAUGUCGCCCAAGCUCUUUCACCUGCGGGAGCGGCACGCGGACGCCCGCACCAGCCGCACGCUGCUCCUGCUGGCCAAGGCGGUCCAGAACGUGGGCAACAUGGACUCGCCAGUUUCCAGGGCCAAAGAAGCUUGGAUGGAGCCGCUACAGCCCACCGUGCGCCAGGGUGUGGCGCAGCUGAAGGACUUUAUCACCAAGCUUGUGGACAUAGAGGAGAAGGAGGAGCUGGACCUGCAGCGAACCCUGAGCUUGCAGGCACCGCCUGUGAAGGAGGGGACGCUCUUCAUCCACAGGACCAAGGGCAAGGGCCCCCUCACGUCCUCCUCCUUCAAGAAACUCCACUUCUCCCUCACCACCGAAGCCCUCAGCUUCGCCAAGACGCCCAGCUCCAAGAAGAGCACCCUUAUCAAGCUCGCCAACAUCCGGGCAGCCGAGAAGGUGGAGGAGAAGAGCUUCAGCAGCUCACACGUCAUGCAGGUCAUCUACACGGACGAGGCCGGCCGGCCUCAGACUGCCUACCUGCAGUGCAAGUGUGUGAACGAGCUGAACCAGUGGCUGUCUGCGCUGCGGAAGGUGAGCGUUAACAACAGUGGCCUGCUGGGCACCUACCACCCUGGCGUCUUCCGUGGGGACAAGUGGAGCUGCUGCCACCAGAAGGAUAAGACAGGUCGGGGCUGUGAUAAAACCCGGUCACGGGUGACCCUGCAGGAGUGGAAUGACCCUCUUGACCAUGACCUGGAGGCCCAGCUCGUCUACCGGCAUCUGCUGGGUGUGGAGGCCGUGCUGCGGGAGAAGCACCGGGAGCUGAGUGGGGACACAGAGGCAGAUGCUGUGCCCGCGGGCUCUGGUGAAGCCCCCACAGACCCGCUGGGUGAGCUGCUCCAGGUGCUGCAGGACCUCCGGGAGGCCCACAGCGCCAGCCCGCCCGGGCCGCCCCCCUCCGAGCCCGGCCGCCUCCUGGAGCUGCAGACGUGAGGCCUGCGUGGAGCCCCCACCUGCCAGGCGCUUGGAAACGACGCUGUGCUCUGGGCUCUGUGCCCAGCCUCCCCCACUGGGGGCCAGCCUGGUCCCCCUUGGUGGGUCUCUGGCCCUUCAUGGUAAACCUGAAGUCUGGGCGACUUGGGUGGCUCCUGGGAGGGCCCGGCCACUCCCUAAUGCCCUCUGCAGCUCAGAUUCUCCAGGGACCCUCCUGUCCUGCCUAGGACAGACCCAGCCAGGACAGCCCUGGGGUGGGGGGGUCCAGGCCCAGAAGACCAGGCUGCCUCAUGCCCCCCAUGCCCCCUCGCUUAUGGCCAUGACCCCUGCGGCUCCCCUGUCCCCCCACUGCCUGGCCCCUGAGCAGGGCACCAGGUGCCCUACAGCCAACAAUAAACUGCUGUGACUGCCAGA